AUGUACCCGGAACACCACCAGGUGGUGCUUGGGACCUCUGCCGUGCUGAGGGUGACGUUUGUGGACCUGCAGUCAACUGAAAAGCAGAUCCUGACUAUCUGCCCCCUGCUGACACUGGCUGUGUUGCUCUGUUCAUCAUCCCCUGUAAGUGGAGGAAAAGUUUUGGUGUUCCCUGUGGAUGGAAGCCACUGGGUCAACAUGAACAUCAUCAUUAAAGAGCUUCAUAUCAGAGGCCAUGAAGUCACUAAACUGUCUGAAGCCGAAUUUGCUCUGGUUCUUACUGAUCCUGCUUUUGGUGGCGGUGUCUUUCUGGGUCACAGAUUGGGUCUUCCACUUGUCUUUAAUGUCAGAUGGGCAAUUCAGAGUGAAGGGCAUAACGUAAUUGCCCCCUCCCCACUCUCAUAUAUUCCCAUACCAGGAUCAGAGUUGACUGAUAAAAUGACAUUUAAACAGAGGGUCAAGAACUUUCUCAUAUAUGUCAUAACAUGUAUUCAAUUUUGGUACAUUAUAGAACCAAACUACAAACCAUUUGCUCAUCGUUACUUUGGCAAAGACGUAAAUUACAUGGAGCUGUUUCAAGCAGCUGACGUCUGGCUAAUGAGAAACGACUUCACCUUCGAGUUUCCACGACCAACAACGCCAAACAUUGUCUAUAUGUCAGGGUUCCAAUGA